AUGUUGCCUGUAUUUCUGAACGUCUAUGAUGUCACCAAGCGCGACUCAGUCAAGAUGCUGAAUGCCGUCCUUGCGCACUGGUGGGCUCCCGUCAAGCUGGGCGGGAUCUUCCAUGUAGCUGUUGAGAUUAACGGCAUUGAGUGGUCGUUUGGCAAGACCUUUUUGAUCUCACGACCAGGCGUGUUUGGCGUUCCGCCAGGGAAAGACCCAAGCCAUAGCUUCCGAGAGAAGCUAUUCCUUGGAUACACAACGUUAUCUAUGGAGCAAGUUUCUAGCAUCCUCAUCGACAUGAUUGAGGAGUACCAAGGACGCGAUUACGACACGCUGCGGCGGAACUGCUGUCACUUUUCCGAGGACCUCUGUCAGCGCCUUGGAGUUUCCAAGCUGCCUGACUGGGUCUAUCGACUGGCUAGAAUCGGAGAAGCCGCAGCAGACUUUGUGAACGAGAGUAUGAAUGACAGCUGGUCGGAGCGACUGCAAGAGAUGCUCCCAGAAUCCAUUUCAUGGGUAUGGGCCAGUUGGAAGACAUCCAGCGAGGAGUCUUCCACCAAACCUCCUGUAGAAGGUGCGCUGCCUGUCGACCCUGGAAUGGCCUACCCACCCUUGUGA